GAGUAUUUAAUCUGCAUGCACCGCAGACUUUCUUUCAGUUCCCCUGUGAUCAGCCCUUUAGAAAGGACUUGCUGCUGCAUUGAACAGGUCUAUGGCGACAGUGCAGCAGCGAUGACACGUCAUCCAGUUUUAUAUUUGCUUUAUUACUUUGCAUUCUUUCAUAAAGGUCAAGCAGCUCCGGUACAAACACAGCUCACUGUGAUGGCAGCAGUCGGAGAUGAGGCUUGUUUGAGCUGUCAGCUGACUCAACCUAAAGAAGUUCUUCAAGUCACCUGGCAGAAACUUUCACCUGAGGGAGAGAAGAAUGUUGCAACAUCCACCAAAUACUUUGGUCGUCAGGUGAAUCGUGGCUUCAGAGAUAAAGUGGAGUUUAAAGAUGCUGGACUGCAGAACAGCUCCAUAGUUAUCAGGAACGUGACGGAGCAGGAUGAAGGAUGCUAUGCCUGUUUGUUCAACUCCAACCCUGAAGGUGCUCUCACUGGUAGAACCUGCCUCAAAGUCUACGAGCUGCAUGAACCCGUCCUACAUGUAGAGUCAAACUCUGCUGAAGAGGCAGUUGUGUCCUGCUCGGCCACAGGUCGACCUGCUCCCACAGUAACAUUAAGAGUCCUGCAACAAGACCUCCACCUGUCAAACUACAGCUCUGUCAGUGUCACCAACACCAACAGUACAGUCACUGUCACCUCUACAGCUGUGCUGUCUGGUUUCCAUGAUGACCGCACACAGGUUGGAUGUGCAGUACGAGUGCUCUCUGGUCCUCAGAAAGAGGUGUUGAUGAUGAUUCCUGAGGUCAAACAGUCGUCUGCUGAUGGUUUUGAUGAGAAAUCUGGAUCUAAUAACCGUGAUCACAGUACAAUAUUGAUCAGUGUAUCGUUGGUGGUGGUAGUCUGUGGUAUUCUUACAUUGGUCUUUCUCCGACGUAAACGAAGAAAUCAAAUCAGUCUGACACACAGGAACGUUAAGAUGAACGAGAUGGUUCAAGUUACAGUCAAAGACACAGAAGAGACUGGAGCAUCUUCAGAUACACAGGACAAAGUUCAGAUCAGGCGACGGACAUUUUCAGAGAAGAGUCAGGGUUAUGCCAUAUGUAUUAGUCAGGUGCGGUAUUGGUUGCAGAUGUAGUCACAUCUCCCUCCACUCAGACUCUCUGGUUUCUGCCCGUUAAAACGGAAGUUUUUCCUCGCCACCGUCGCCAAGUGCUUGCUCAUGGUGGAACUGUUGGGUCUCUCUAAAUAAUAUUAUAAAGAGUGCGGUCUAGACCUGCUCUGUAUGGAAAGUGUCAUGAGAUAACUGAAGUUAUGAUAUGCUAGCUAUAGAAAUAAAACUGAGUUGAAAAUAUCUGGUCAAUGUGAAAGAAUUUAAAGUUUUUACUGUGAACACUCAAUUAUUUAUCUCAUUGUUUGAUCAAAUGACUGUGAUAAGACAGUUAUGGCAGCUCCUUGAGAUAAAAAAAAUGAUGCACUGACAGGGAAAUUAAAUUAAGUGUGUGUAAUGAUUGUUUUGUUGAAACAAGUUUUGCUAUAAAGGUUUCUAAACAUAUUUGAUAAAAUGUUCAUUGUAUAUUUUUUUUGUAGAGGCGCUUUCAUGAACUCCAUGUUCUCCAUAUGUCAUCCUUAAGAAUCCAAACGAUGUUCCUGUGUGAUGUUUACAAUAAAGAGUGGAUUUUUUUCAGUAAAAAUAUGAAAAUGUCUUUUUGUAAAUACCCUGGAAAAAAUAUCUGUCAGCUCCAACUGACUGAACCGACAAGAAUCCUCAUCUUUGGUCAUUUUUUUUAUGUUGGUCCUAGAGCCACCACACAUAAAUAUAAAAUCCUUUUGAACUAUGAAGUGUAGACC